AUGGACGCUAAUUAUAAGCUCUCCUUCUUCCGAUCGGUACCUUAUUUAUUCACAGUCAUAUGCAUCUUCAUUGCCAUCGUAAAAUCAACGGCGGCAGAUGAUGAUCAGCUCGCUUUGCCCGGUUGCCGGAGUAGAUGCGGAGAUGUGGACAUCCCAUACCCGUUUGGUCUCUCUGAAGAUUGUUAUCUCAACAGAAACUUCAGUAUCAGAUGUGAAAAUGAUAACUCCACCGGACGACCUACUCCGAUCUACGGCAGAAACCUCGUCGUCACCAACAUUUCCGUCCAACUCCACGAGAUAACCAUCAACUGGUUCGUCGCCCGAAAAUGCUUCAACGAGUCGGGUCAUCAGGUCCGGUCAAACACUCCCAGCCUCAACGUCUCGACCCUCACCGUCUCCGGCUCCAAGAACAACUUCGUCGUCCUGGGCUGCGACUCCUACGCCUUUCUCAACGGCUUUGAGAACGGAACCAACUACUCCAUGGGCUGCAUGUCCAUAUGCAACAACCGCCGUGACGUGACGGACGACGAUGGUUGCUCGGGAAUCGGGUGCUGUCAGACAGAUUUGCCUAAGGGACGACUCAAAAGGCUGACUAUAAAUCCUAAAAGCUUCAACAGACAUCAAAGCGUUAUGAGCUUUAACCCUUGUACGUAUGCCUUUGUUGUAAAGCGAAAUCAUUUCAAGUUUUCUCGGGCUUUUUUGGACGAUUUCCCGGAGAAACAGCUGCCGGUGGUUGCUGAUUGGACGAUCCAGAAGGACGCGCCCUGUCGAACCGAAGCUCGAAACGAGUCGUUUUGUGCUUGUGGUGGAAACAACACUGUCUUCGAGCCCACCGCCGUUGAUGGCAGUGAGACUCAGUACCAGUGUAGGUGUGCGGAGGGUUACGACGGCAACCCCUAUCUCCCUACCGGUUGCAAAGAAACAAAUGAAUGCCUAGGCCCAGGACCAAUUAAUUGUACCAAAAGUCAGUACUGCGAGAAUAUACCAGGAGCUUAUAUUUGCAAGGAACGAAGCCGAAGCCAAUUUCCACUCAUUAAAAUUUGCAUUGGUGUAGCAAUUGGCUUUAUUGCCUUGUUCAUCAGUAGCUCUUGGUUCUACUUAGUCCUAAAGAAAAGAAAGCUAAUGCAACUCAAAGAAAAGUUUUUUCAACAAAACGGUGGUUUGAUUCUAAAGCAAAAACUGUCUGGACAAGAAGAUAACUCAUCAUCAACGGCUAAAAUCUUCACAGAAAAAGAGCUCAUCAAAGCAACAAAUAACUAUGAUGAGACCACAAUCAUUGGCCGAGGUGGUUUCGGCACAGUCUACAAGGGUUUUUUACCAGACAAUAGAAUAGUAGCUAUAAAAAAGUCAAAGCUCAUUGACCAGAACCAAACCGAACAAUUCAUCAACGAGGUAGUUGUUCUAUCCCAAAUCAACCACAAAAAUAUUGUCAAACUCUUGGGAUGUUGUUUGGAGACCCAAGUUCCUUUACUUGUGUAUGAAUUUGUCCCAAAUGGGACUCUCUCCGAACACAUACACGAAAGAGAAAAAUCCAUCAAGUUGAGUUGGGAAACUCGUUUGGGAAUAGCAGCCGAAGCAGCUGAAGCUUUGGCUUAUCUUCACUCGGCGGCCUCAACACCAAUCAUUCAUAGAGAUGUGAAGCCUUCGAACAUACUUCUAGACAAUUUCACUGCAAAAGUGUCUGAUUUCGGAGCUUCAAAGUUGGUUCCCCAAGAUCAAGUGGAGUUGGCCACCAUGGUGCAAGGUACUCUCGGAUACUUAGAUCCAGAGUACUUGCACACAAACCAACUGACUGAAAAGAGUGAUGUUUAUAGCUUUGGAGUUGUUCUUGUCGAAUUGUUAACGGCAAAGAAAGCAAUCUCUUUUGAUAGAUUGGAAGAGGAGAGGAGUUUGGCUAUGCAUUUCUUGUGUUCAUUGAAAAGGGAUAGAUUGUUUGAAAUAGUUGUGGUUGAGGGUGAUAUUGCAAAUAAUUAUAAAGAGCAAGUUAUGGGAGUGGCUAUGAUUGCUAAGAUGUGCUUGAGUGUUAAUGGUGAAGAUAGGCCUUCGAUGAAAGAAGUGGCAGUUGAAUUGGAAGGGCUAAGGAAAAUGGGAAAGCAUCCUUGGGCUAAUGAGGAUGAUCCAUUGAUUGACCAUUUGGAAGAGACUGAAUAUUUGAUUGCUCGUAAAGACAAUGACAGUGGAGGUAGUAAUGCCAAUUCUGCUUAUGAUAGUAUAAGAGACCAUGUAUUACUAGAUUUUAGUGGAAGGUGAAGGUAUGUAGUAUAU